CAACGGCUGGGCAACGAGGUUCUCUGUCCUGCCGGCGGGCUUCGGUGCCCAGGCUUUGCGCGCCUCGGCGCAGCGCCCCGCGGGCCACCAUGCUCAGCGUCGUGCACUUCCUCCGGAGCUUCUUCAAGACUCCAGAGCCAGGUGCACACCUGCCAGGUGAAGACAAGAUUGAAGACAAGCAGCUCCCCACUUCUCCUGGAGAACCAGAGGAAUGACGGAGCCAGAAAACAGACCACGGAUUUGAGACACUGUCCCACCAUAGCAAAAGUUAUUCAGACACAAAAACCGACCCCUUCGAAAGUGCUUCUGACACAGAGUCCCUGCCUGGUGACCUCACGGGGGAACUCUGCCUUCCUCUAAGUGGUACCUCUGUGGACAGAGAAGGACACUGGGGAUGCCCUGAUCCAGCAACCACACCUCCUCACGAGCAGCAUUCAACUGGUGUCCCUGGGCUUGACCCAAAGGAGAACCUAGAGUUGUCCCUUGACCCCAAGGAAGAAUCUUACAAAAGUGGGUUUGCAAGCCUUUGCCAGGUUGCUGGAGAAGAGAAGACAGAACACCUCCAGGGAAAUGGCAUGGCCAGCCUACAGCUAGAGUCUUUGCUGGCAGGGUCUCCUCAUCACACAAAGUGCUGCUCACAGAAUACCACGGGCCGCUACAGUCUCCAGCCCGCAAAAGUGGUGACUGCUCAAGACCUCAGGGGAUCUCUGUUUUUUUCCCUUCAGAAAUCCAGGUCUGAGAGUUGUCUGGACAUCCCAGUAGUCUGGCCCUUCCUUCUCUGGUGCUGUGAACUGGGCCAGAGCUGGCCACAUAUCCAUAACAGGGCCAGGGGGUCCAGGCUGCCUUACAGAGGUCCACUGCACAACACCACCCCUUUGGGAGCCAAGACAAAGAAGGGAAGUAUUCUAGGGCCCAAAGACAACAUAGACUUGCUCUGCACCGAGCCUUGCUCUGAUGUCCCUGCCAGAUUCUUUGGGGACCUCUACCUUGCAUAUGGCAAGCUUCACCAUAGUGCCCCAGAAAAUAUUAAUGACAAGGACAGGACAUCCCCAGAGCACUGCUAUCAGCACAUGAGGACACUGACAAGGGCCCAUUCCAUAGCAGUGUUUCCCUUAAGAUAUCCUGAGAAUCUUCCAGGACAGAAUUUUGUGAAAUUUGGGAUUCAUUUGAAGGAAGGGAUGGGAGCAGAACAAGAUACAAGAGCACAAAACCCUCUUCACCAUCCCACCCAGAUGUCUCCUUUGCCUUCUAUUUUCCAAAGAAGGGCCCCUUACUUGCAGGUCCAGGAUAAACACAGGGCUCCUAGCUGGAAAAGGGCCUUUCAGAACACACCCUGUGAAUUUCUCUGGCUGGAAAACCAGUUGGGACAGGAUUCUAGAUCCUGCCCAGUCUCUUCAUGCCUUACUGCCGAGUCUGUGAGUCCUUACACAGAGGAAGUGCCAGUGCCCACACAGUGCAAGUCGGAACACAGCCCAGAAAGUCUACAGGAGGAACCCCAAAGCACUGGCCCUUCACCAAACCAUGCUGGAUGUGAGUGACAGGCAAAACUACCUUCAGACAUUUCUGUUGAAGCAGGAAACCAAACCAAUUAUUAUAGAUCAAAGUACAUUCUCAUGUGAGAAAAGAAAGCCACCGUUAGGGCCAAGUUUCCACAUCAUUCUAGCAAUAAUGGGUCACAGGUGAGGAACAGACACUGGAUGCAUUGCUGCGAAGGGAGUGAUUAUUUAGUCACUCCAGAGACUACCCUGAAAACAAGUGCAACAGAUACUUCAAAGGAAGUGGAAGACGUGAUGGUUCUAGACCCCAACUUCACCGAAAAUGCCUUGCAGGAAUUUUUGGAAACCACAGCAGCCACUGUGUCUCAUUGCAGUGGUGGGGAUGAGUGUGACCAGGACUGGAGGGGUGGUGCCCAAGACUCUCCUGAGGGCCUGAAGCUAAAGCCCAAAGUACACGCCUCUAGGGGCAGGUGCACACUCAUCAUUAUAGCUGUUGAGCAGAAAGGUCUACAGGCCACCAGGAGGAAAGCAGGUCCUCUUUCAGAAACACAGUCCGAAUUUCUGGAGCAAAGACCACCAUCUCCCUGCAGUGCUGGAGCAACCCCCUGUGAAUCUCCCAGGGCUGGGAAACCACAAACUUGUGGGAGUGAGUAUGAGCUGCCUGCUGCCAGUGGACUGGGAGGUGAUGAUGGAACUCUUUGCCAGGGGGCCAAAGCAGCAGAAUUUGAGGUAGUUCUAUUCCCCCAAACUGCCUCCCUAAAGAGUCCCCUGGGCAAAAAGACUUGUUCCCAGGAGCCCACCCAGGGCAGAGGAGCACAGGGGAUGUUGCAGAACAAAAACCUGCUUAGGGCAGACAGGAAGCAUGCUGCUAGGUUGCUGGGCCCUGGUCCUGAGACAUACCCAGGCCUGGAUCCUUCACCCAUGGGGAGCCAAAGAGCACAGAGCCCUGAGGCCAGAACUGGGGCUGGGGAAGUGGAUGGGGCAGAGAAGGGUUCUGGCACCUCUGCCUCUGCCAGCGCCCAAGCUAUUCCACAGCCCAGCCCACCCCGCCAUUCCUGCAAGGCUUCACAGGAACCUGGGAAGCACCUGACGUUUCCCAAGGUGACCUCCAUCAGGAAAAGCAGGCCCUUGGUUACCAAGACUCCAGGAGGGGAUGCCAGUGCUCAGGGACCCCGGCAUCUGCAGCCUGCCAGGCCCGCCACAGCCAGCACAUCUGCCUGGACCGCGGGUCCUUCGGGCCUGGAGGAACUGCGUGGGGAUGGUGCAGGAUCUGCGGCCUGUUGGCAGAAUGCAGUUGGUGGGGAUGAGUUUCCUAUACACCAAGUGGGCAUGAGCGCCUCUAAGAAGGUCAUCCCCCAGGGCGCAGGGGGCAGAGCUGCAGGUCUGAGAGAAGUGGACAAUGUGGAGACACGAGGGGACCUUGGUAGCAGAACCCUAUCCUCUGAAAGCUGUGAUGCUAAGAAACUCAAAACUCCAGAGAAAAGGCUCAGGGCAAGGUUGGCCUUAGCUCAUAAGACCUUUGCAAAUUUUUUUGAGUCAAAAGUUUUAGAAAAAGAGAACACUGAUGAAUGCUCUCCAGGUUCUUUCAAGGGCCAGAAGGAGAAGAGCAGGCCACGGCAGAGCUCCUGGCGUGCAUUUCUGAAAAGCAAAGAUGCAGAAGGCCCCAAAAGGCCCACCUUAGUAAGUCUGGUUCCGGGACAGAAAAUUUUGAAUCCCCUCAGACCUUCUCCACCAAGGAAAAACAGUCACUGUGAGGAGCAGGUAGAAGACAAGGAAAGCUGUGUUUUUGGAGAUCCCUGGUCACCUCCACAUUCUCCCACACCAGUGUCACCCAGCAAUUUGGUUUCUCUAGAUAACAGGAGAAAAAGUGAGCCAACCAUCAAAUGCACCAGCCCCCAGGAAAGUAGUAGGUACCUAAGUACAGGUAUCUUUCCUGAAAAGUCCUGGUUGAUGUCACCCACCAGCCCUCAUGCCCAGCAGGCUGGGAUCAGCUGCACUCUUCCUUCCAGUUCUGCCUGUUGCCUGGCAUAUGGAAGCCAAGGCAUGCCUUGCAAACCCAUGAGUCCCAAGCCCCGGAGCCCUAGGCCUGGUGUUCAUUGGGCAGAUUUCCACUACCCUGGCAGGAACAGUGCCAUCUCCAUGGUUUCUCUUGAAAGCUACAUUGAUGUGGAUAACAGUGCAGAGGCUUCUGAAAGGUCCAAGACCCCCAAGGCCCAGGCAAGCCUCCUACUUUCUCUGCAGACACGAAACCAGGAUGACCAGAAGGAAGAGAGUGGGAAAAGAGGCUGGCAUCACCAUGGUCUGAGCAUAGCACCCUCACUCAGAGACCUUCCUCGAAGUGAGUGUUGGAGGAAGAUGACCAUUACCUCUCCAGAGUCUUUGAGUCUUGCUAGAAGAACACAUCCAUUCUCCCAGAGUGUCCCAACAGGAUUGAACUGCAUGGGCUGGCCAGAGUACAUACCUGACACUGCUAUCCCUGAUGGAGUUCUGGACACAGCCCUCCGUGCUGACGAGGCGGGGAGUGAGGAGGACCUGUUUGAGGACAUGCACAGCUCCAGCCACCACUACAGCCACCCUGGAGGGGGUGGUGAGCAGCUGGCCAUCAACGAGCUCAUCAGUGAUGGCAGUGUGGUCUGUGCUGAGGCACUCUGGGACCAUGUCACCAUGGAUGACCAGGAACUGGGCUUCAAAGCUGGGGAUGUCAUCGAAGUAAUGGAUGCCACCAACAGAGAGUGGUGGUGGGGUCGUGUUGCUGACGGCGAGGGCUGGUUUCCAGCCAGCUUUGUGCGGCUGCGGGUGAACCAGGACGAGCCCGCGGACGAGGAGGCUUUGCGGGCCGGAGACGGAGAGGCAGAGGAUGGAGGGGCCGAGGCGCAGAGCAGCAAGGACCAGAUGCGGACCAACGUCAUCAACGAGAUCCUCAGCACCGAGCGGGACUACAUCAAGCACCUGCGCGACAUCUGCGAGGGCUACAUCAGGCAAUGUCGCAAGCGCGCCGACAUGUUCAGCGAGGAGCAGCUGCGCACCAUCUUCGGGAACAUUGAGGACAUCUACCGGUGCCAGAAGGCGUUUGUGAAGGCGCUGGAGCAGAGGUUCAACAGGGAACGCCCCCACCUGAGCGAAUUGGGUGCCUGCUUCCUGGAGCACCAAGCAGACUUCCAGAUCUACUCAGAGUACUGCAACAACCACCCCAAUGCCUGUGUGGAGCUGUCCCGGCUCACCAAGCUCAGCAAGUACGUGUACUUCUUUGAGGCCUGCCGGCUGCUGCAGAAGAUGAUAGACAUCUCACUGGACGGCUUCCUGCUGACACCAGUGCAGAAGAUCUGCAAGUACCCUCUGCAGCUGGCCGAGCUACUCAAAUACACACCCCCCCAGCACAGGGAUUUCAAGGAUGUGGAAGCAGCAUUACAUGCCAUGAAGAAUGUGGCCCAGCUCAUCAACGAACGCAAACGAAGGCUUGAAAACAUCGACAAGAUUGCUCAGUGGCAGAGCUCCAUAGAGGACUGGGAGGGGGAAGAUCUCCUGGUCAGGAGCUCAGAACUCAUCUGCUCGGGGGAGCUGACUCGUGUUACCCAGCCACAAGCUAAGAGCCAGCAGAGGAUGUUUUUUCUCUUUGACCACCAGCUCAUCUACUGCAAGAAGGACCUUCUCCGCCGGGAUGUGCUGUACUAUAAGGGCCGAGUGGAUAUGGAUGGACUGGAGGUGGUGGAUCUGGAGGAUGGAAAAGACAGAGACCUCCACGUGAGUGUCAAGAAUGCUUUCCGGCUGCUCUGCGGCACCACAGGAGAGAGUCACCUGCUGUGUGCCAGGAAGUCUGAGCAGAAACAGCGCUGGCUCAAGGCCUUCGCCAGGGAGAGGGAACAGGUGCGGCUGGACCAGGAGACAGGCUUCUCCAUCACCGAGCUGCAGAGAAAGCAAGCCAUGCUGAAUGCCAGCAAGCAACAGGCCACUGGGAAGCCCAAAGGCACUUAUGAUCCCUGCUUCUGCUCAGCUCUCAGCCGGCCCUACUACCUGGCACGCCAGAAGCACCCAGUAUUGCCCACCAGCCUGCCUCAGCAACAGGUCUUGGUAUUGGCAGAGCCCAAACGGAAGCCGUCCACCUUCUGGCACAGCAUUAGCCGGCUGGCACCCUUCCGCAAGUGAGCCAGCUCCCCAUCCGACAGCACUGUCUGGACCUGCCUCACCACUGGGCCUCCAGCUUUUUCUCCGAGGCCCACCGCAUGUGGCCUACUUUGCGGGUCACGCACACUGGAAGUUACAGGCUGAGUGAGGGACUGCUCAGCACCCCAUUCAUGGAUUCUUCUCCACUACUGGUGCACUGAAGACACCAGCUGGAGGGGCAGGGGCCCAUAGCAAUGAGCCUCCCGCCACCCUCUGGACCUCUAUGGGGCCUCCUGGGAGCCACAGCUCAGAGCCACCAGCCAGGCCAAUGUGGUGAGAGGACUGGCCGCUCUGAACCCUCUUCUCUGGACAUCUGAUCAUCCCUCCUCCUGUUUCCGCCGGGCAGGAGAGCAUCUGCCUUUUUAGCCCCUGCAAAGUUGGGCUCUGUGCCCCUCUGCCCUCCAACUGUCUCUGAGGCCCCCAGUCUCCAGCUGGUGGUGCCAAGCAACUUGCAUCCCUGGAGGGUGGUAGUCAGAAUUCUGUGCACAAAAAUGUCCGGCCCAGAGCCCACUCAUUUUUGCCUUCUAGCCCCUCUAGACACUCCUGGCUGCUGGACAACCUUCCUCACUUGUGUUUAUAGUGGAAAGAAAACAAAACCAUAGUCACUGCAUACUUCUGUCAGGGCUUGUGAUCAGUCCACGUGUAGCUGUGGGUUGACUCCAGAACCUGAUCCCAUAUUUUUUUUUGUUUGGAUUGUGCUGUUUUUCUAACAAUGGGGAAAAAGAAUUGUUACUAGUGACACAGAAAGAUUGCCUUACCCUAAGUGAGCGUGAGAAGCCAUAAGGACUGAAUUCUGUGGCCCAGCAUCCAGGACUGACCCACCAAUCCAGAGGUUGAUGGGCAUGUGAGCUAGAGGGAAGCCCACAUCCUGCUGAGAAAGGUCACCCAUGAGUACAGCCAGGACCUGCCUUGUGGGUGUGAAACACUGAGCUUUCCCUCUGGCCCACAGGAAUUCAGCAGCAUGUACAGUCACUCUUGCACUAUACCGUCUCCAAGCCAGAAACCACAUUUAAUUUCAUAAAGAAAUUUAUGAAAAAUAA